AUGAAAUUUACUGAAAGUAAAAAAAUAAUACAAGAUGGUAAUUGUGAAGAAAAACUGUGUUUAUAUCAAUUUUGGAAGCACCUGAAAAUUCUGGAUAAAACUAAAAUACAAAAGUUCAGAUUUUUGAGAUGUGGGUUCAGUGUGACUACCAAAAAGCCCAUUACUGUUAGCCAUGUAGAACCAACAGGAAUAGCAUUUGCAGCAGGCCUAAGGAAAGGUGAUAUUAUAUUAACAGUGAAUAACAAACUUAUCAGUAAUUUUCGUCACAAGGAAUUAGUAUUGAUUGCUGAAAAUGAACGCCUGGUUUUGUCCAUUAUCCCAACUGGAAUUAGAGAGAACACAAAUACAAAUGAAUUCAGAGGACCACAAAUCAAAACUUCCAAAUUUCUUUUUAUGAAAGUUGCUAAAUAUUGUAACAAGGAUUACCACAAGAAAAUGGCACUGGUGGGAGUCCUGACAGAAUAUUCUGAAGAUUGGGAUAUACACAGUCUGUGUUUAUCUUUGGAUAGUCUGUUAAAAGAACCAACAGACCGAAAACUCCUAAAGCACAUUGAACCAUUCAUUCCCCAGCACCAAAAAGACAUCUUUAAGCCAUUGUUGAAGAAGAAAAAACUGUACAAAGACUGCAAACAUUUGGCUUAUAUGCCAAAUAAACCAACUCAAAAACUGAAAUUUCGAAUACUUCGUGGGGAUAAUCCAUAUGGUUUUGUAAUUAAAGGCAGUAGUCCUGUCCACGUGGAAUGGCUUAAUCCUGGAGGACCUGCAGAUUUAGCUGGAUUGUUACCAGGAGACUUCAUUGUUGCUGUCAAUGAGCUUGAUUCAAGGAAUUUUAACCAUGACCAAGUGAUAAAAUUACUUCAGUUUUGUGGCCCAGUUCCGAUAAUUGAUGUGGAAAGAUAUGUAAAUGCCAUUAGUGAAGUGGGAAUUAAUUCAUCAUUUGAUACUUUAUCCAACAUUUCUUCAACGUUCAGCGUGGAAUCGUUCAAUUGGAUCUGCAGUGAAUUUAGUGAUGUCACUGACAGAGAAGGAUGGACUUUUAAAGAAAAGAUGAAAUAUCUUCUUACAGCCAAAGAGAGAACCCAAUUACAAAUGGAUUUCCUCCAGUAUGUAAAUUCAAGGAACAUUGUAAAGCUGUAUCAUAAAUUAGAACCAAUCCUUGAUAGUCCAUCCCGAAGAACUUUAUGGCAAUUUUUACUGACUAAAAUGUCUAGGUCACACCAAGAAUAUAUUCAUUUGAAAGAAAAUUUAUUAGAAACACUUCAUGACAAAUCAACAAAGAAUUUACUUGAAUAUUAUUUGAAUUAUAAAGAAGAAACAAAGAUGAAAGCUGCAUUGGACAUCUACUUGAAAAACAGGUAA